GGUCAUUUCCUUUCUUUCCUUCUUUUCUCUUUUUCCGUUUUCGAUUGACCUUAUUUUUUCUCAUAUUUUUUUUCUCUUGAAAGCAAACAACAAAAUGAGUUCGCCGAUCCAGAUUAUGCGUGAUGAAGUUGCCAAGGAACUUCAAGGGGCCGUCACUAUCGUUGGUAAGACAAAACCCGUUGCCAGUGCUUGGGCGGGGCGGGCCAAGGUGGGGUUCUCCUGCUUUGUUUGGACUUUACCGUAAUGGAUUUUUGCCGGAAAACACCCACAUCAUUGGUUACGCUCGCACGAAAAUGAGCCAUGACGACUACAUUGACCGCGUGACCGCUUAUAUCAAGGUCAACGAUGAAGAGAAGUUGGAACAGUUUAAAAAGAUCACAACCUACCAUGCAGGACAGUACGAUCAGGAUGAGUCAUGGCAGUCGCUCGAAAAGGCUAUCAGUGACAGCGAAUCCGAGCGCGGAUUGGAUUCCGGCAAGAAGAACCGCGUCUUUUACAUGGCACUUCCCCCUUCGGUUUUCAUCCCUGUUGCGCAAGGUUUAAAGAAGAACGUGUAUGGCAAGGAAGGCGUGAAUCGAUUGGUCGUGGAAAAGCCGUUUGGCAUGGAUACCGAAAGUUCCAAUCAUUUAGCACGAGAACUGGGAGCCUUGUUUUCCGAGAACGAAGUGUACCGUAUUGAUCACUAUCUCGGCAAGGAAAUGGUCAAGAAUAUCAUGAACCUUCGUUUCGCCAACGUCUUCUUUGGCCACAUCUGGGACCGCAAAUACAUUGAUAACGUUCAAAUCACAUUCAAAGAACCUUUUGGUACCGAAGGACGAGGCGGUUACUUUGAUGAUUUUGGUAUCAUCCGUGACGUGAUGCAAAACCAUUUGCUUCAGGUAUUGACGUUGAUUGCUAUGGAACGACCUAUUUCGACCGAUGCGGAAGCGAUUCGCGAUGAAAAGGUCAAGGUGCUCAAAUGCAUUCCUCCCAUCGAAUUGAAGAAUGCUUUAUUGGGACAGUACGUGGGUGCGGAUGGCAAACCGGGGUAUCUCGAGGACGACACCUUGAAAAACAAGCAGAGUUUGACCCCUACGUUUGCAGCUCUGGUGGCUUUUAUCCAAAACGAACGAUGGGAAGGUGUGCCUUUUAUUAUGAAGGCUGGCAAGGCAUUGAAUGAGUCCAAAGUGGAAAUUCGCAUUCAGUUCCGUAAAGUCGCCGGCAACUUGUUUGCUGGCUCGGCUCGCAACGAAUUGGUCAUGCGUAUCCAACCCAAAGAAGCCGUAUAUAUGAAAUUCAACAACAAGCAACCAGGACUUUCGUAUCAAACCAUUCAAACCGACUUGGACUUGUCCUACCAUGAUCGUUAUACGGAUUUGUCAAUUCCUGACGCUUAUGAAUCGCUGAUUCUCGAUGUGUUGCGCAACGAUCAUUCCAACUUUGUGCGUGACGACGAAUUGGAAGCGGCAUGGAAGAUUUUUACUCCGCUCCUCCACAAGAUUGAUGGCAAGGACAAACAAGUCGAUGUCAAGUCAUACGCCUAUGGAUCUCGAGGUCCCCAGGAACUCGAAGCGUUUGUCAAGAGUUAUGGUUAUGACCGACCUAACGUCAAAUACGAUUGGCCACGUCAGAGUAUGUCCCAUCACGCCAACAACAAGCUCUAAAAAAACUCUAGCUAUUUUUACAACUCUCAUCCGUUUCCCGCUUGCUUUUGUUUCUCUCUCUCUCUCCCUCCCUUCCUGGUUCUUCCUCUCUUCUUAUUUCUGUCUUUCCCUCAAAACGGAAUAGCAUAUCGAUGAAUACACAAGAGGACACAGCAGCACUCCGUAUACUGUAAACAAAUCUUUUCUUUAUUUCUCUCUCCCCUCCUCUGUCUCUUUUUUGUCUUGGAGUCGUUCAUUUACGCUUUGUACUUGGGCCUUCCUUUUCAUUUUUUUAUCCACCAUUGUUUUUUUUUUUUUUUUCAGCAACGCUUAUGGGUU